AUGGAACAACUGGAAUCACUUGACUUGUCAAUGAAUAAUCCCACAGGAGAUAUUCCUUCCAGCUUUUCAUCUCUCAACUUCCUAAGCCACUUGAAUCUCUCUCACAAUAACUUGUCAGGAAGAAUUCCAACAGCAGGUGGUCAAAUGUCGACCUUCAUUGACGACCCGUCAAUCUAUGAUGGUAAUGAAUACCUUUGUGGUACGCCACUGCCAGAAUGCCCCGGUGAUGCAGCUCAUCAAAGUCCACCUCAUGCAGCAGAUGAACAGGAAGAGAAAAAUGAUGACAGGCUUGAAACAGUGUGGGAAAUUACCAGCAUCGUCAUGGGUUUUGUCGUUGGUUUUUGGAGUUUUAUAGGAACAAUGAUCAUGAAACAGAGCAUAAGGAUUGCUUUCUUUCGAUUAAUCGACAAGGCUUACGAUUGGUGCUACGUGCAGUUGCCAGUCGGAUGUGCAAGGUUAAAGUCCAAGCAGCAAAGUGUGACUUUAUCCAUCGGUGGCAAGAACUGA